CAGCUGAGGUGUACGAACGAGGUACUUGGUUUGGCGACUAUUUACUGUUGAUAAAUACAAAGCAAAAGGUUAAUUAAAUGUGAAAGUGUCGUGAUUAAAUACAUUAUAUAUAUAUCCACAUCAUGCCGUACACACUAAUGCGCCAUUUGCGUCGUGCAGCUCUUGUUACUCAACAAAUAAGAGUUGAAUCAACCAUGACGAACUUAACUCAGAAAGACUUCCUCUUUCGUCCUCCUCUGGCUCAUUGGACAAAAGUUAUUAAAGAAGCUGAGAAAAUAGUUGGUUAUCCAACCUCCUUUAUGAACCUGCGAUGGCUCUUAAGCGACGAAUUUGCCAAUCUAGCAAUGCAUUUACGAAAAGUGGUGGACAGUAACCAUCCUAUAAUAAAAACUGCUAGAAGUAUCAUUUACAAUGAACAAAACACUCUCCAACCUUGGGGAUUAGUAAUUCUGCUACUGUCUAAAGCAUUCAAUCCGUCUAAUACAACCCUUUUAGCCAGUCAAGUCACUGAAAAUCAGAGGAUACUAGCUGAAUUAACUGAAAUGAUACGCACUGGACAUUAUGUACACUGUGGUCUUCUCAAUGUACCGGUGGAAGAGAGGGAACAAAAUAUGGACACAUCAAUGUUUGCAAACAAAAUUGCAGUGCUCAUUGGUGAUUAUUUAUUAGUAACUGCAAAUAGCAUGCUGGCUAGGUUGAAAAAUCAAGAUUUGUCAUAUUUAAUUUCAACAGCCCUGAGGGACAUCAGCGAAGGAGAGUUCUUUGGUGACCGAGAUGCACAAAACAUGCCAAUACCAGGGAAACCUGUGAUGAAUGAUUCAGAUGAAUUUCAAAUAAGCAGCGAUACACUGCCCCUAGAUGUAAGAAAUACACUGGGAUCACCUAUAAGAGAGUGGACAUUACGAACCAUGUAUAAUGGUGGUUCAUUGUUUGGACGUGGUUGUCAAGGAGCUUUAUUAUUAUCUGGACAGACUUUAGAGGAGCAAGAAAAGGCUUAUUUGUUUGGUUGUCAUUUAUGCUUAACAUGGCAAGCAGCUAGUGAGCUACAAAAUUUUACAUCACAAAAAAAAGAAUCAUAUUCUUUAGUCAGCGCUCCAGUUUUAUUUGCAUUAAAUGAUAAUCCAGAAUUGUAUUCAGUAAUUGAAGAAGCAAGAAAUAACUUGAAUGAUAUAGAUUUAGAGAAGUUCCGAAUGGAUGUGGUUAAAACAGAUGCCAUUGAACGGACUAAGUUAUUGUAUAUAGAAAAUGCAAAAAAGGUAUACAAUUAUAUAGAAAUAUUGAGUGAAAGUGAAAGUGAGGUCAUCAGUACAAUUAAAAGUUUAGUUAAAACUUUGUAGUUAUAUUUUAGUAUUACUUGUUGAUUGUGAUAGAAUCCUUUUUUGUUAGUUAAUUUUAUUGAAAUAUAGUGUCUUAUCUUGAGAACUUCAGCAAGAAAGGCAGUGUCACCUCUGCUCGAGGAGGCCAUCUGGUCUUCGAAGAGAGAUAACCU